CGAUCCACAGUUAACUGUUUGCUUCGUCUAGCUCGUUUCCUUUCAUUUUCCGCUAUCCGGCUCUCCAUCUCAGGCGAAAAUGUCGCUCGAGUACUGAAUCCGAACGCCGAAGUGCUGAACAAGUCGGCGGCUCUGCACAUGAACAUCAAUGCCGCCAAGGGAUUGCAGGAUGUUCUCAAGACUAACCUCGGCCCCAAAGGCACCAUCAAGAUGUUGGUUGGUGGCGCCGGCGACAUCAAGCUCACGAAAGAUGGCAACACGCUCCUGAAAGAAAUGCAAAUUCAGAACCCAACUGCAAUUAUGAUUGCAAGGACAGCAGUUGCUCAAGAUGAUGCUAGUGGGGAUGGAACAACUUCCACUGUCAUCUUCAUUGGUGAGCUUAUGAAGCAAUCAGAACGUUGUAUUGAUGAAGGGAUGCAUCCACGUGUUUUGGUUGAUGGUUUUGAAAUUGCCAAAAGAGCAACACUUCAAUUUCUUGAAAAAUUCAAGACCCCUGUUGUGAUGGGUGAUGAACCUGAUAAAGAGAUAUUGAAGAUGGUUGCAAGAACCACACUGAGGACAAAGUUAUAUGAAUCACUAGCAGAUCAACUGACUGACAUAGUAAUGAAUGCGGUACUUUGCAUUCGCAAGCCUGAAGAAUCCAUUGAUCUGUUUAUGGUCGAGAUUAUGCACAUGCGCCAUAAAUUUGAUGUUGACACCCGCUUGAUUGAGGGUCUUGUCUUGGAUCAUGGUUCAAGACAUCCUGAUAUGAAGCGGAGGGCAGAGAACUGCUAUAUCUUGACAUGUAACGUAUCACUGGAGUAUGAGAAAAGUGAAGUAAAUGCAGGAUUUUUCUAUUCAAAUGCUAAGCAGAGAGAGGCAAUGGUGGCAGCUGAAAGGCGUUCAGUUGAUGAGAGAGUAAAGAAAAUCAUUGAGCUAAAGAAUAAGGUUUGUUCUGGCAAUGAUAGCAACUUUGUUGUCAUCAACCAAAAAGGAAUUGAUCCUCCAUCACUGGACCUUCUUGCUAGGGCAGGAAUAAUUGCCCUUCGGAGAGCAAAGAGGAGAAAUAUGGAGCGAUUGGUUUUGGCUUGUGGGGGGGAGGCUGUUAAUUCUGUUGAUGACUUGACUCCCGAUUGCCUUGGGUGGGCUGGACUUGUCUACGAACAUGUUCUUGGAGAAGAGAAGUAUACAUUUGUGGAAAAUGUAAAGAAUCCUUACUCUUGUACAAUUUUAAUAAAAGGACCGAAUGACCAUACAAUUGCCCAAAUCAAGGAUGCUGUUCGUGAUGGACUGAGAGCAGUUAAAAAUACCAUCGAGGAUGAAGCGGUGGUCCUAGGAGCUGGAGCCUUUGAAGUUGCAGCUAGGCAACACCUAAUUAAUGAAGUGAAGAAAACUGUUCAAGGCCGUGCUCAACUUGGAGUUGAAGCUUUUGCGGAUGCCCUUCUUGUGGUUCCCAAGACACUAGCUGAAAAUUCUGGCCUUGACACUCAAGAUGUCAUAAUCGCCCUGACGGGAGAGCACGACAGAGGAAAUAUCGUGGGAUUAAACCAACACACAGGAGAACCCAUUGACCCCGAAAUGGAGGGUAUUUUUGACAACUACUCCGUCAAGCGCCAAAUCAUAAACUCAGGGCCGGUUAUCGCGUCCCAGUUGCUCUUGGUGGAUGAAGUAAUUCGUGCGGGACGGAAUAUGCGAAAGCCAACUUAGAUUGUUAUGUUUGUCUAAACCUUUAUCUGGUGGGAUGGUGGUCCUUGACGGAGGCUGGCUAUGUACCUUUCUAUAUAUCCGCACGUGGAAAGUUUCACCGAUUCAGAGGGUUUCUUCGGUAACGGCCUCUGGAAUUUUUGUUUUGGGUUGACAGAGUCCAGUACCACUCCUACUUUGUUACUUUGUCUGUUUUGGUCACCUGUACCCUCUGUGAUUCAUUUAUUUGCAAGAGAUUUGUGUAUGCUCUGAACCGAUACAAGUUGCCAACUCGCAUGGUUUUGCUUCUUUGUUAAGCUCUUACCAAAGUGGGGAUAUCGUGUCAAAAUUCGUUAGGUCUCUGUUGUUUGAGUUUCAUUCUAUUGAUCAUAUGCGAACUCGUGAAGCUACAA